UAUAUCCGCUUGUUCCAGCAUUCAGUUCCUCCACACACACACACACCCCGGCGAACAGAGGGCGCACAGAGUUUUGAGUGCGAGAGGUAGUAAAAGUAGCAAUGGCUUCCUUAUCAGCUGCUCUAAAUUUGUCGACGCCAAGGCCAUCUCAUUCCCCUUCGCCACCCGUUCUGAAGUAUCCCUCUGUGCACAAUUCCUCUUACAGCCCUUCUCGAAGACUCACCCUCUUUCACCUCGGUACCGCUCUCCCCCAGGCACAGUUAUUUGAUGUAAAAGCAUCUCAGUUGUUGAAAGCAGAGGAAAACACAAGCAAGGCUGCCGCAGCUUUAGAGGAAGGUGCGAUGGAGUGGGUAAAAAACGACAACAGAAGGAUGCUCCAUGUCGUCUAUUGUGUUGGGGACUUGGACAAGACCAUAAAAUUCUAUACCGAAUGCUUAGGGAUGAAGUUGUUAAGAAAACGUGAUAUACCAGAGGAGAGAUUUUCAAAUGCUUUUCUUGGAUAUGGACCCGAGGAUUCCCAUUUCGGUGUCGAACUUGCCUACAAUUAUGGAGUUGACAAGUAUGACAUUGGAAAUGGAUUUGGCCAUUUUGGUGUUGCAGUUGACGAUGUUGCUAGAACGGUGGAUCUUGUAAAGGUGAAGGGGGGGAAAGUGAUCAGGGAACCUGCUCCUGUUGCAGAUGGUACUACAAUAAUGGCUACAAUUCAAGAUCGUGAUGGUUAUAAAUUUGAGCUUUUGGAGAGGGGGCCAACUCCCGAGCCCCUGUGCCAGGUGAUGCUUCGAGUUGGUGAUAUUGAACGGUCCAUAAACUUCUAUGAAAAGGCUUUUGGCAUGAAACUUCUCCGCAAAUGGGAUAACCCCAAGUACAAGUACACAAAUGCCAUCCUGGGUUAUGGUCCUGAAGAUAGAAAUGUAGUGCUUAAACUAACAUAUAACUAUGGGGUGACAGAGUACGACAAAGGAAAUGGUUAUGUACAGAUUGCCUUAGGCACAGACGAUGUUUAUAGGAGUGCAGAUGCAAUCAAACUCUUUGGAGGAAAGAUUACACGUGAACCUGGGCCAUUGCCAGGUAUCAACACCAAGAUUACUACUUGCUUGGACCCUGAUGGUUGGAAAUCGGCCUUUGUUGAUAAUAUUGAUUUUUUAAAGGAAUUGGAGUGACUAAAGCUUUAUGAAAGCUGCUAUACCUCUGACCUCCUUAUGGAAUCAUCUUAACAAUUUUGUCUGUAGAAUCUCACUUUCUGCCAAACUUGUAUCUCCAGAACGGCCAGAUGAAAGAACACGUCCUAUUCAAUUUGUUGAAAGAUGACUCUCUUCAUGAAAUGUAGCAGUAGAUAUAAAUGUUUUAUCUUCAUCUCUUGUUGUAAACAUAAAAUAAAUGAAAUAUACACUCCAAAA